GACGCAAACAGAACACUUGCCUCUCAGGGUGCCCAAGAGCAUUGAGGAUUGAAGUAUGGCAGUAGUCGAAAGGGUCAGGCAAGGAUGGGAACGGUGACUUGUCUACCUGUAAAUAGUUUUUCCUGCUACAGUGUGAUGUGCUCAGUCUGCAAUCUGUCUGCCUUGUCGUCUGCUUCGGAGUCUUCCGCAGCAGUGGAAAUGGACCGUUGUGAAAUUCAUGCCGGCACGUGAUAUUGUGUUGUGGGAGCAGGUGUUCUUGGAAACGCCCGGAUGAACACAUCUGUUCCACUCCAUUCUUACGAGCUCAAAAGCAUGUUUUGUAGUGGCUGGCCGCGGAGGAAAGCUGUGUGUACGUCACAGAGUGUCGCGAUUUUUCGACUCUCACGUGGUCAGCGUCACAGACAUUACCAAAGCUCUUCCGAGAACAGCCGAGGAGAUAAUGUUAGCACGAAAUUUCAGGGUCACCACAACAAGUGUUGCGGAAACAUCCUUCCCAAACGUUCCAGAGAGUGUGUGUGUGUGGGGGGGGGGUUUCGUGUCCGAAUGGUGAAUUUUUGACACGUCGCAGGGGCAUGGGGUCCGCCCGUCUUUAUUUAUCUGUUUUUUUUUCGCUACAAAAAAUAUAAAAAAUUGGUUAAAAAGUCCCGGGAAGAAAUCUUUUACGAGCUACAGCCGUACGUCCGUCCUUCCCGAGGUUGGAGGUUGGCAUCCUGCCAGGGUUUCCGGCGGAACAGAAAAGAAAUAAAGAUUGUGUGGCAAUAACCGUGCAGAGAGAGAGGAAAAGGUCUUCCCCCAGCGGCAGGCGGGAGGUUUCCACGAGGUUGUUUUGCGACGUUUUGAAAAGCUCCAGUUGUUUUCUCAGAGCCCAGGAGAAACGAUAGUGGACAGAUAGAUAUCUGUAGGAAAGAAAGAAGUGGUAUCUCAGAAAGCGUGCACAAGAGGAGCUGAUCUCGAGCAGUGUGUGCAGUUGAGUUUUCUGGCGUCGGGCGUAGAAUGUGACAGCGAUGAGGAAGAAGGUGCAAGUGGUGUACUGGCCCGGUAACGGCCAUGUCUUGGUGGCGAGGCGAUUCAUCAAAAAGGCGGCGUUGAUUGGCGACGAUCCCACGGCGGUGACAGCUGUGCCACGGACGGCGCGGAGCCGCACGUCCGAGGAGCCGCACAUUGGGAGGUACCGUCUGCUCAAGACGAUAGGGAAGGGCAACUUUGCCAAGGUGAAGCUGGCAAAGCAUGUUCCCACGGGCAAGGAGGUGGCCAUCAAGAUCAUCGACAAGACCCAACUGAACCCAUCGAGCUUACAGAAGCUCUUUCGGGAAGUGCGCAUCAUGAAGAUGCUGGACCAUCCAAACAUCGUUAAACUGUAUCAGGUGAUAGAAACGGAAAAGACCCUCUACCUGGUUAUGGAGUAUGCCAGUGGAGGUGAGGUUUUUGACUAUCUAGUAGCUCACGGGAGGAUGAAGGAGAAAGAAGCGAGGGCCAAGUUCAGGCAGAUUGUGUCGGCUGUACAGUAUUGCCAUCAAAAGCGGAUAAUUCAUAGGGACCUUAAGGCUGAAAAUUUAUUGUUGGACGGGGAGAUGAACAUAAAAAUUGCCGACUUUGGCUUUAGCAACGAAUUUGUGCCCGGCAUGAAGCUGGACACGUUCUGUGGCAGUCCUCCAUAUGCUGCACCAGAACUCUUCCAAGGCAAGAAGUACGACGGUCCGGAAGUGGAUGUGUGGAGUUUGGGCGUCAUACUGUACACGCUAGUCAGCGGAUCUCUUCCUUUUGACGGAGCUAACCUCAAGGAAUUGCGUGAGCGAGUGCUGAGAGGGAAGUACAGGAUCCCGUUCUACAUGUCUACGGACUGUGAGAAUCUCCUCAAGAAGUUCCUCGUGCUGAAUCCGGCCAAGAGGGCAACCCUGGAGGCCAUCAUGAAGGACAAGUGGAUGAACAUUGGCUACGAAGAGGAUGAGCUGAAGCCCUACGUGGAACCUGAAACGGACUUUGGCGACUCCAAAAGGAUAGGCUGGUCUCCCCGUGCAGAGGUCCUGAUGUCGAUGGGAUACAGUCGGGAUGAGAUCGAGGACUCCCUGCGCAACAGGAAGUACGACGAGAUCAUGGCCAAUUACCUGCUGCUUGGGAAGCGCACCACGGAGAACGAAAGCUGCGACUCAAGGUCUAGUUCCAGCUUAUCCCUGCGGACAUUGCGGACUGGGGUGGAAAACACCGCCGUCGUAAACCAGUCUCCGUCGCACGUCAAGGUGCAACGCAGUGCCUCAGCCACUGCCAACAAACCCCACAGGCGACUGAGCCACGGGGGUGCAGGGGAGGGGGCCCCUGCCACGGGUGGCCCCCCAAACUCUACCCCCAGCGGGCCUGCCAGCGUUCCCACAUCGGCGACAGGGUACAAGCGGCAGAACACGAUGGACGUGACGGGCAUCGGCGCUGCAGCGGCCAUCAAGGAUGGGGCGCCGGCCACCAGCUCGCCCAGGUCCACUAAGGCCAUGACGGUGUCUGGGAUGAAGAAGGCGGGAUCCGGUGGUGUGUCGACCAUCUCGAGCAGCUCGGCUGCGGGCAACGCGAGCAGUCCCUCCAAGGCAGUGGGCUCGGUGCGCAAGGCUACCAACUCUGCUUCGGCUAACUACGUCAAGCCCAACCUGAGCGGGAUACCACGCCGCAACACCUACAACUAUGCCGAGGGCAAGGGACCCCCAGCCACCAUCGAUGCUCCUACAAGCAACACCUCUCUGCUGUUGGGAGAGGAGAGCGGUGGGGGAAAUGGCGGGACGUCGACUGGGCGGCCGCGGGGUCACGCAAAGUCGGCUUCGGUGUCGUGCCCCGCGGGGCACCCUGUGGUCCCGGAGCUGUCCCUGACUCAGACCCUCGGCUCUGGCGGCCCCCUCGAGUCCCUUCGGCCAAGAGAGACGCAGGAGGGUGGUAAACAAAAAGCGGGAGCCAAGUCUUUCUUGACCCAUUGGAAGAUUCGAUUGCCUCUCAAUAAGCCCAGCAGCGCAACGGUAGGCAAGCAGGGCGGUGGCAGCCUGGCGGCGUCCCCGCUGCCGUCGCACACGAACCGGGCCUUCCCUAGGGGCACUGCAAACCGCAGCACCUUCCACUCUGGCCAGACGCGGAGGGCCUACAACAACGGGGGCCCCGGCAGCCUCGGAGGGCCCCCCUCGCAGGCCCAGGACACGUCGUCCGUGUCUGCCCGCCAGUCCUUCUUCUCCAAGAUAUCCUCCAAGUUCAGCAAAAGCGCUACCAGCUACAAUGCUACUCAGUCCCCCUUGCCACGAGAGCUUAGAACAAGGACCCUGAACGAGGAGCAGGUGAAGCCGAGGUCGCUGCGCUUCACGUGGAGCAUGAAGACGACGUCCUCGCGCGACCCCAACGAGAUAAUGCAGGAGAUCCGCAAGGUCCUCGACAAGAACAACUGCGACUACGAGCAGCGGGAGAAGUUCCUGCUCCUCUGCGUGCACGGGGACCCCAACACGGACUCCCUCGUCCAGUGGGAGAUCGAGGUCUGCAAGCUGCCCCGGCUCUCCCUCAAUGGCGUACGCUUCAAGCGCAUCUCGGGCACCUCCAUUGGCUUCAAGAACAUAGCUUCCAAGGUGGCCAACGAACUCAAGCUCUGAACACCGACAGUGGUGGUGGUGCUGGUGUGUCUGAGUCGAUUCCUCCCCUCUCCUCGUGGAACGUGCUGCCCCCUCCCUCGUUUCUCCCCCGACGCUUUUUUUUUUGUUCCUUUCUCGAGGUGUGCGCGUAUGAGGAGAGCACUUUUAUGUGGCAGACGACUGUAGGGGGAGGGAGGGAGGGAGGGGGCGCACGCCUGAAAUUUGCGCGCGUCGCGUCGUCUGCUUAUGUUUCUGGAGGUUCGUCGUCAUAGUGGAGUAAAGGAGCUGGCUUGUUGCGUUUUCCAGCAAGGGGAUCUGGGCAUUUUGCAAAGUGGCAGUUUGUGGUUGGCAGUUCGUAGGCUUAGCUCAGAGUCUGCUGCUGCCGUGUUUUUUUUUUUUUUUUUUUAAAUCCGAAUUCAGGCGCGGUAUUUUAAAAACAAAUUUUUUUGACAAAGCUUAGCUUUUUACGUCUUUGUUAGUAGCCUUCACUCUGUUAAUCCUUUGAAAUUUAGGCCUGGUGUUAAAAAUGAACUGGCAUUUUUGUUUCGAGCCCAAAUGAAACAUUUUGAUAGCCUAACUUGGAACAACUUCGUUCGUGUUAGGCCCUUCACAUCAAGGAGCAGUUUAGGAUUGCCGACCGCUCAUUGGUUGACGAGAGACAGGAGAGAGGAUUGGGGGGGGUGGGGUGGAGUAGGGAUGGGCGACGCGACACUCUGCGCGCCUUGUUGCGCACCACGGGGUAAUGACUACAGGGAAUGACGAUUCCGAGCGUUCUUUUUUUCUCCAUUUUAUGGCAAAGCUUAAAGGAAACAAGCAAAAAGAAACUGUUUUCGGGGGCAACGACUCGUCGCUUGGUGCAUCCAGCGCAAGGUGGGAGGGAAACCCUUGCACGGAGGAAUGAUGUGCAUAGAAAAAAAGUUUCCCACUUCAUUUUUUUAUAUAUAGUUUGUUUAGGGUGUUCUUUUUUUUUUUUUCCCCGGCCCUUUGCCUAUGGACUGGUGGCCCAGUGUCAUGGGGAGCAGUUUUUUUUUCUUUUUUUUUUCUUUCUCUCUCUCUAUUAAGUACAUUGACAAGUGUUGUGAUGUUGACGAAAAUGUGACUGACUGACUGCUGACUACGUACGUGUAUAUACAUGUUUUCUUGGAUGAAAGUGUACAUAUAAACGCAUCCCCGACUCCUUAGGUUCCGAGCAAUGUGUUUUGUAUUUCCCAGCUUUCCAACAAAAACGUGGCACGUUUUCUGCUUCCUACGAAUGUCUACUUAGAAGCGUGGCUCUUUCGUUGUGACCAGUUUUUUACGGGCAUCCUCUCGAGCACUCAAAAAAUGUCUGUGCAGGAAUACAACAAAACCUGCGUUUGUGAUCCGAUUCCCAUCGGCACACUUCGAAACGAAGGUGGCUACUAAAAUUUUGCUCUGCUCUCGAUAGUGCAAUGUCCUCGGUAAGCCACACGGCUCUCUGCUCCCGCGUUUCAGCGUAUGACGUGCUUUGUGUGAGUGGGAAGCUGGGGGAGAGAAAACGCGUGAAGGAAAAAUUUUUUCGUUCGUGUGAAUGUAAGGUGUUUUCUCCUGUGAUUACGUUACUUACGCGUUUAGUGUGGGCGCCAGACGAGACCAGAAGAGUCAAAACCGCAUGACGAAGUUACGGAUGUUUACUGCUUCCUUUUCUCCCUAAAAUUUGUCCGCUCGAUCUUCAGAUGCUUAUGUGCUCGAACCGAGCGUUCGUAGGUCUAGAAUGAGUUGCACCCGCUAGCAUUGAAUGUCGUCUCAGUUUGUUGCGAAUCCAAUCUUGGCACGGGUCUUCACUGUUCCCCCAUUUGCUUUUGUCCCAGAUUCCCCACUUUCCCUAUUCUGCCCUGCUCUUCCCCAUUUUCCAGUUUUAUACUGUUCGCCCUGACUUUAUUGGAGACGUUCACACCCUGCAUUUCUUCUUGGUUCUUUUUCAAAGCUACCUGCAAAGUUUCCACACGCAGACACACAAUAUUAGACACUGUUACACAACACACACACACAAUCACUCACUCGGGAACUUAAACAUCACCAAGGGAGUGAAACUUGGAAGGCGACGAAGAUGGACGUGUACAUACUGCAGAAAGAAAAAAACUUUUUCGUCCUGCUGGCAUUUUGUGUAAAUAUGGAGGUAUAAAAAAAUGGGACAAAGGUACUUUAGCUAACAAAGUUGAGAAGAAGAAAGGGUACUUUGGAAACUGCAGGUCGUGAUGGUACCAAGGAAGGGUACCAUUGCGGUACCUGCCUGUGCGGCGGGGAGGGGACUGCAGUGAAGCCCUCUUGUAAAUAGUCGCUGUAAACGCUUUGUCUCUGGUGUGCGGGCCAUCCCGAUUCUGGUGUCUCGACCUUGUUAUCGAGGUUGACCCUUACAACUUUUUUUUUUUUUCGUUUUCCUUUGCAGUCUGCUGCUGGUGUGUGCUAGCUCACUGUUGUAAACCAAUUUCAUACCGAGAGGUAUUUUAAGACAUGGAGUUUGAAAAGAAAAAAGCUUUACCCAUGUGUGCACCACUUUGCAGUAUUUUUCUUUCUCUUCAAUGAAAUUUGGUAUGAAGUAGCUGUUCAGUGUAAAUACCUGGAAAAUAACUUUCAGUAAGUGCUAGGGAAGUUUUUAGUGUAUAAUUUAUCUAUAUAAAAAAAAUAAAGGGUCCUUCCUGUA